AUGUUGAAUGCUCUGUUUCGUCGGUCCGCGUCGCAUCCUGAGAUUUUAAAAGAGUAUCGCGCCUUCAUCGAGGAGUACGAGCAUCUCGGCCAUUUGUGCAGGGUGGCCACUGGGGAACCCUCUACACAGUGCGUGUAUCUCCCUCACCAUCCCGUCUUUCGGGAUUCUAGCAUCACCACGCAUUUGCGCGUUGUUUUCAACGCCUCUAGCCUUACGACAAAUCGUACGAGCCUCAACGAUCAUCUUUUAACGGGGUUUAAAUUGCAAAAUGACUUAUCCGCCGUCAUCUUACGUUGGCGGCAGUUUCGGUUCGUGUACUCGGCCGACAUAGCUAAGAUGUAUAGGCAAAUUUUGGUGGACGCACGCGAUGCUGAUUAUCAGCGAAUUUUAUGGCGCCAUUCGCUUCUCGAUCCCGUCAUUGAAUAUCAGCUGCUCACAGUCACUUACGGAAUGGCUUGUGCGCCCUUUUUAGCUUUGCGCAUUUUGCGUCAGUUAGCUCAAGACGAAGGCUCUCAGUUUCCUUUAGCCGUUCCCAUCCUACGCGAUCAUUGCUACGUCGAUGACGUGUUGUUCGGGUAUUACGACGAGCAGACUCUCCGCGAAACGCGCGAUCAAUUAAAUGCACUCUUACAUCGCGGGGGGUUCAAGUUGCGCAAGUGGGCGAGCAAUUCGGCCGCGCUACUCUCGGAUAUCGAUACAACCGAUCACAGUAUCGCGUGCCACAAAUCGUUAUCUAGUCACGACAAGUUGAAAAUUCUCGGUAUCGACUGGAACCCGGAGCUCGACGCCUUUCAAACGCUCUGGAAAUCCGGUGUUUCCUGGGACGCGCAUGUUGCCGACGAUACUUUUAGGCGAUGGCAGCGCAUCUGUGUUGGAAUCUCGAGCUUGAGCGAUUUGAGGGUGCCUCGGUGGUCCGGAUUCAUGCCAAAUUGUCAACACGAGCUCCACGGUUUCUCGGGCGCUUCAAACGUCGCAUAUGCCGCGGCCGUAUAUUUGAAAGUCAUCGAUCCUUCUGAUCGAGUCACCAUUACGUUACUACAAGGAAAAUCAAAGGUCGCUCCACUCAAAACUAUUAGUAUCCCUCAAAUGGAAUUGUUAGGCGCAACUCUACUUGCGCGCCUUCUCGAAUCUGUUAGUCUACUUUAG